UCUUUGCUCUGGGCAGGAGCGCUAGUGGACACGGGGAGGGAGCAGGCGAAGCGUGUCGUUCGUAAUGGAAAGAAAGAGACCACUACUUCGCCUCUUUGUUGGACCGCCGGCGCGAACACAGUGGUCUCUGAUCAGGACCAGGAACCAAUUCGAAUUUGGAUCUUGACAUGUUGGUGGUUUUUAACCGUAGGCAUCUUGCCAGGAAGUUGGUGGGCUUAUCAUGAAUUAGGUCGGGGUGGCUGGUGGUUUCGGGAUCCCGUAGAAAAUGCUUCUUUUAUGCCUCGGGUAUUAGCCACAGCUCGUAUUCAUUCUGUAAUUUUACCCCUUCUUCAUUCUUGGACCUCGUUUCUUAAUAUUGUGACUUUUCCAUGCUGUGUCUUAGGAACCUUUUCAAUACGGUCCGGAUUGCUAGCUCCCGUUCAUAGUUUUGCUACAGAUGAUACACGAGGAAUCUUUUUAUGGUGGUUCUUCCUUCUAAUGACCGGCAUAUCUAUGAUUCUUUUCUACCAGAUGAAGCAGCAGGCAUCGGUCCGUAGAACGUAUAAAAAAGAAAUGGUUGUGGCGCGAAGUACUCUUGUGCAUCUACGUCACUCGGCUCGCGCGCAACCCCGCCCCGUUAUGUUAUGGAAGAAUUGA